AUGGAAGAAGCUGAAAAGAGGUGUUUCAUGAGGAUAAGGCCAUCAGCUGUUGACUGGAACCUGUGGGGCAUUCUUUAUGCUGGUAGGGAGCGCAUUGGGAUCGGGGCAAAGUUGCUUUCAGAAUUUCGGGGCCUAAGGGUAGCAUCCGAGUGGGAGAAGCUGUCAAGGCAGCGAGACCUGUCCAGGACAGAUCUCGAGCAUGGCCUGAAACAGCUUUCUGCUCGGCACAGACUGCGAAAGGGGAAAUGGCUCUUUUACCUGCCGCCGCCCGACACGGACCGGGUCUGGCCAGAGCUUGUGUGGGCACUGAGCAGCGGGGGCCUGGGAGAAGCCCAGGCUGUGACAGUCGAACCCACUGGUGAUGAGGGAGAGCACCUCUGCUGCGUUUGCAUGGACAACUGCUUCGAUCCGAGCGAGGCAGAAAGUGUCCGAAGCAGUUUGCAGGCCUUGCUAGGCGGCCUGCUCACAAACGUGGUUCUGCACUUGAAGCCAGAUAUAUAUGCUCACUGCCAGAUCCACCGCGGGAACCCUUGGAAUCUCCCGCCGACCUUGGCCACUUGCAAGAUGCAAGGCUUUAAGGACAAGACUUGCCAGGCUCUUCCACAUCCUUGCCGGCAUGACCGAGAGCAGCUCACGCCUCUCCUGCAGGCUGUGGAGGAGACCAUGGAAACGGCUCCUCUGCUCCUUGAGAAGGCUCAGGCCCGAGACAUGCUGGAGUCGCUGUACGCUGUCGCUUUGCAUCCCAGUGCCGGUGAUUUCCCCAUAGUCAAGAUGUGUGCCAUGGUAAAGGAGGCCGGGCACAUUCACGGCCUCUUGAAGCUUGUUGGGUAUGUGAUCCGGGGCCUGGUGGGCCUGAAUGGCUGUCAUGGGAUUUGGGGAUAUGAAAGUCGUGUGUUUGCCUACUCGGAGUUCAAGCGUAUGCACCUGGCCAAUGCCCAUCUUCUCGGCAGCCUCUGCAUGCAUGGCAUCAUCCCAGCCGAAACUGUAUAUGCAGGGCUGCGAAGAUUGGAUACUGAAAGUCUCAGGCUCCCUUUCCGCUCGACUUGGGCAUUCGUGUUGCAGAUCUUGCGGAACACGUCGAGGCAGCUCUCUGAGGCACAGCCAAUGUUGAGCCGGAGGCUUGAAACAAUCGUGAACUCUCACCCUACAGUCAGCUCACAAGACCAGCUCAGAGUUCUCACCUUCAACGUGUGGUUUGACAAAACUGAACGAGAACUUCGGACUGCCGCAUUGCUGUGCGCUUUGCAGCAGCUGGGGCCGGCCAUUUGCUGCUUCCAGGAGGUGACCUCCAAGGUGGCCAUAGACAUCCAACGUGCGCUUCCCACUUGGACAUCUUCGGAUCCUGGAGAUGGGUCCUCAAUUGAUGUUGGCGGCAGCGGCUACGGUGUAAUGAUCCUCGCUCCACCAGAGCUGCGUGUUCGUUUUUCCCAACACGGCUUGCCGACACACAUGGGACGUGUGCUUGUUGUGGCAGAGCUUGAGGGACUUGCUGUUGGCACCGUGCACUUGGAGUCGUUGAACAACCAGAAGCUGCGGGAAUGCCAGCUUGUUGCCUGUGCUGAGGUGAUGCAGCAGUGGCCAGAUGUGCUCUUGGUGGGUGACUUCAACCUUUUUGAUAAACGCGCUGCUCAACGCUGCUUGCAACAUCAACUGCCAGACUUCAUGGACGUCUGGCUGGCAUUGCGGAAGGAGCCUGGCAACACCUUUCGCUCCCAUGGCAGAAACAAGAACAAGAGCAGGAUAGACCGAGUCAUGGCAAAGCUGUCUACAUGGCAGGCGGUGGAUGUGGAGCUGAUGUUUCAACAGCCCAUGCACCCUGGACCAUAUCUGCAGGACGUCCUUCCCUCGAUGUGCAGCAACUGCGUGAACCUGAACCCAGAUGUGGACACCCGUGCUGCCUUUGUGAGCGACCACCUGGGCUUGCUGACGACUAUCGAGCAGAUCAAACCCACAUCCCAGAGCCAUUCCCAAGUGCAGGAGGUGCCAAGGUCUCAGGGUGUGUGA